GAGCUUCAGCAGACGUAACAGAAACACCGAGAAUUUCCUAAGGGGGGGGGGGGGUUGGGGGGGAUUAACGACCAUUAUCGUCCCGGAGAGGUCGAGAGAUGGAUGGAGUACACCUGGAAUUCCCGGCCUUACCGUCCUCCAGAGAAGACGCGGGGGAUUGGAUGUAUCCGAUGAGACGAGCGAUGCAGGAGAUACUACCCGGCUUGUAUUUGGGGCCAUAUUCUGCCGCUAUGAAAAGUAAGCUCCCUAUUCUUGAAGAAAAUGGAAUAACUCACAUAAUAUGUGUACGGCAAGAUAUUGAGGCAAACUUCAUCAAGGCCAAUUUCCAAGAGAAAUUUAGGUAUUUAGUUUUGGAUAUUGCUGAUAAUCCAGUGGAGAACAUAAUACGAUAUUUCCCUGUGACUAAAGAGUUCAUCGAUGGAUGCUUGGAAAAUGGAGGAAAGGUUCUUUUACAUGGAAAUGCAGGUAUUUCUCGAAGUGCAGCCUUGGUGAUAGCGUAUAUUAUGGAAACAUUUGGUGUUAAGUAUAGGGAUGCCUUUACAUAUGUUCAAGAAAGGAGAUUCUGUAUUAAUCCAAAUGCUGGAUUUGUCCAUCAGUUGCAGGAGUAUGAAGCCAUUUAUUUAGCAAAAUUGACAAUAAAAAUGAUGUCACCGCUACAGCUGGGCAGAUCAGUUUCUGCACAAGGAAACUUGAAAAGAAUGCUGGAGGAUGAUGAUGAUAUUUCAAAUAUGCAGGUGGCUGCAGCCCAUGAUGGGUAACCUGUAACUACCCCAUUACUUAUGGACAUGAUUACUGUACUGUAUUAAACAAAGUGAAUAAAAGGAUGAGAAGUUAUUGGAUAUUUAAGAUUAUGAAUACUAAAAAUUUACAUGGCAAAGUUUACUUUCUUUCCAUUUCUUAAUUCUGUCUUGCUACUUCUGAGGAAGUGAACAGAGAACUUGCCCUUUCAUAUGAGAAGAACCUGGAGCACUAGAAUCUCUUAUGAAAAUAUUAUACUGAUUUAAUUCUGACCAGGAACAGCACAACACAUUUUUGAUGGAUUUUCAAGUCUUCAUAUGCUAAUUAUUUUACAUUUUUACCAAUUGCAGUUUUGACAGUUAAUAAGUAUGCAUGUGCUAAGACAUUGAUGCACUUUUGAUACUUGAAUUUUGAUUGUAUGUGAGUUUGAUAGGGAAAUAAUGCACUGUGUGCUUGAUGUCAGACCCAUACAUGCAAUUUGUUACAAAGUGUUAAUCUUUGAAUGUAAUUUAUUAAAACUUUCAAUAAAAAAAGUUUUUCUGAUUAA